AUGUCUACACCGCCACGGCCAUCAGAAGGGUUUGGAGAGAGCAAGCUCAAUGGAGCCGUAGGCAAAGCAUUUCCUCAUAUCGACCUGGAUGGUCAUGAUCUGCCGCCCUCUCCGGCACCUUCGAGUCCUCGAAAUGGUCGAAAAUACGCCUUGGCCACGGAGUUGGUGUAUACAGAGAGCAAGGAUCAAUAUGGAGCUUCAAGCAUGCCAAUCUAUCAAUCGGCGACCUUCAAGCAGAGCUCUGCUUCGGGAGGCUCGGAGUACGAUUACACUCGGUCAGGAAACCCAACUCGGACACACUUGGAGAGACAUCUUGCGAAGAUCAUGAACGCCUCGAGAGCACUGGUUGUUGGUUCAGGAAUGGGUGCUUUGGAUGUUAUUACGCGAAUUUUGCGACCAGGAGAUGAGGUUAUUACCGGUGAUGACCUGUACGGAGGAACAAACAGGCUGUUGACGUAUAUGGCCACCAAUCACGGAAUCAUCGUCCACCAUGUCGAUACCACGAUUCCGCAGCGGGUGCAGGAAGUUGUCUCAGCGAAGACGGCUAUGGUGCUAUUGGAGACUCCAACAAACCCCCUGAUCAAGAUUGUAGAUAUCCCUUCGAUUGCGAAGAUUGUGCAUAAGAUGAACCCGACGGCUUUAGUAGUGGUUGACAACACCAUGCUCUCUCCCUUGCUAUCGAACCCCCUCGAUCUCGGCGCGGAUAUCGUCUACGAGUCCGGAACGAAGUAUCUUUCAGGACACCACGAUAUCAUGGCUGGAGUCUUAGCGUUCAAUGACCCAGCGAUCGGAGACAAGAUGUAUUUCACCAUCAAUUCGACUGGUUGUGGAUUGGCGCCCAAUGACGCGUUUCUGCUCAUGAGAGGUAUCAAAACUCUGGCAAUCCGUAUGGAGAAACAGCAAUCGAAUGCACAGAGAAUUGCAGAGUUCCUUGAAGCACACGGUUUCCGAGUUCGAUACCCUGGAUUGAAAUCCCACCCUCAGUAUGAUCUCCAUUGGUCCAUGGCAAGAGGAGCAGGAGCUGUCUUGUCCUUCGAGACUGGGGAUGUUACUUUAUCCGAGAGAAUCGUCGAGGCUGCUCGACUAUGGGGUAUUAGUGUGAGCUUUGGAUGUGUCAACAGCUUGAUCAGCAUGCCAUGCCAGAUGAGUCACGCGAGCAUCGAUGCGAAGACGAGGAAGGAACGCAAGAUGCCAGAAGAUAUAAUCAGACUAUGUGUUGGCAUCGAGGACCCAGAUGAUUUGAUUGACGAUUUAAGCAGAGCACUUGUUCAAGCCGGAGCUGUCACUGUGACUUUGGAUGGAUUUCACGCCACUGGCUCAGCGGCGGCAUUAGCUGACGUCCCAAUAGAGGAAUCAGAUGCUGCUGCUGCACCAUCAUGA